AUGCACAACCUCUACCCGGUCGAGAUCUUGUCCCUGCCCCUGCGUGCUAGAGGAAUGGGUCUUUAUGGACUAAUCCAGGGUGGCGCGGGAGUCAUCCAGACAUACGGCAUUGGCAUCUGGGUGGUCUACAUCGUCUACAACUGCGUCCAGCUCGUCCUGUCGUAUUUCGUGUUCCCGGAGACAUCUAAUCUGUCUCUCGAGGAGAUUGACGCUGUCUUCGAGACGCCUGGAGUUAGACCGGUGAAGAUGUCACUGGACAUCCAGAAGGCGAAGAAGGCAAUGCAAGACGCGAACCGCGACGAGGAGAGCAACCACUGA